CAAAGUAGGGUCAAUUUUGGUUGAUCAACCUCUUCACCACCAAACUCAUUUUGAAAAAUGGAAGACACAUAUAUACUGUAAUUCAUUCCAGGCUAUUAAAAAUGGCAACUUCUGCAUUUUUCAUUUGGAUGUUUCUCUUGUCCUUGGCCAGCUCAACUCAACUUUAUGGAUGGAUUGAUAUCAAUCCUUUCAAAUUUGUUAAGGAGGAACUGUCAAGGGAGAGACCAUCCCAUGCAUUUGCAAGCUAUGAUUUUGAUAAAUAUUCCACUGCAGAAUAUUCAGCAGUAAAUAUAAGCCCCCAGGAGGGGCAGAAGGAAAAGGACAAGAUCGAAAGCUUGCCUGGGCAACCUCCGGAAGUGGAGUUUGAUCAGUAUUCAGGCUAUGUAACGGUGGACCAUGAAGCAGGCAGAGCAUUGUUCUACUAUUUUGUUCAGGCGGCUGUGAAUUCUUCUUCCAAGCCUCUUGUCUUGUGGCUAAAUGGAGGGCCUGGUUGUUCUUCAUUUGGGGCUGGAGCGUUAAUGGAACUUGGGCCAUUUAGAGUUAAUAAAGAUGGUAAAACUCUAUGCCACAAUGAAUAUGCAUGGAACAAGGAUGCCAACAUAAUCUUUUUGGAAUCUCCUGCUGGUGUUGGAUUUUCCUACUCAAACACAACCUCAGACUAUAAAUUAAGUGGAGACUACAGAAGUGCUCAAGAUUCCUAUACAUUUCUAGUUAACUGGCUGGAAAGGUUCCCAGAGUACAAAAGCAGGGAAUUUUUCAUAGCUGGAGAGAGUUAUGCAGGACAUUACAUACCACAGCUUGCUCAUGCAAUCCUUCAAAACAGCAAGAACACCAACCAAACCAGAAUCAAUCUAAGAGGAAUUGCUAUGGGUAACGCGUAUAUCGACUUUGAAACAACUAUACAAGGGGCAGUGGAUUUUUACUGGACACAUGCUCUCAUGUCUGAUGAAAUUUACCAUGGACUUACCUCAAACUGUGAUUUUACUUUGCUGAAUUCUUCGGACAAAGUAUGCUUGAAACUUAUAAAUGAAGCACUGGAUGCGGCUGGAAACAUCUACUCUUACGAUAUCUAUGCUCCCUCGUGCAAUUCUUCCUUGAAGUUUCAUUCUGUUUCAGCUUUCGACCCAUGCUCAGAAAAUUAUAUCAAAAGAUACUUGAACAUUCCUCAAGUUCAAAGAGCUCUUCAUGCAAAUGUUACUAGUCUUCCUCAUCCAUGGGAAUCCUGCAGUAGAGAAAUCAAUCGAAAUUGGAAAGAUAAGCAGCUAACAGUAUUGCCAAUCAUUCAGCAGCUCAUGGCAAGAGGAAUUCGCAUAUGGAUAUACAGCGGCGAUACAGAUGGCGCUUUACCUGUAACCUGCAGUAGGUAUGCCAUUAACAAACUAGGGACGCCGGUGAAGACAGUCUGGUACCCCUGGUACACCCAAGAUGAGGUUGGAGGAUAUGCUGUUGGAUUCGAAAAUCUCACUUUUGUAACUGUAAGAGGGGCUGGACAUUUUGUUCCAAGUUACCAGCCGGCUCGGGCGCUAGUGGUCUUCUCCUCAUUCAUAAAUGGGGUGCUUCCACCUCCAGCUUAGAUAGUUUGGAAGUGUAAUCUGAAAACUGAAAGGAAAACACAACUGACAACAUUUUUUCUUCUCUUUGGGAGAUUGAUUGAUUAAAGCUUUUGCAGGAAAAUGUAUUAUCAAUUAGUACUUGGCUUGCUCUGUUUCCAAGGUUCACAUAAGUACAGUACGCCUGAAACAAGAGUUGAUGAAGUGUUCAAUCCAAA